AUGGAGUCCCCAACGCGUCCCAUCUUGAGCCCCUCAAAGGUCCUCCAUCCGGUGUCUCCGGAACGAAUGAAUCAACAAAACACAAUCCCUGCCUCACCAUCCCUCCCCUCCGAUCUCCUAAACCUCCAUCAUAAAAACACAAAAGGUGUUUCGGAGGUCCAGGCCAAGGUGGCCUUUCUGAACAGUCUUUCACGAGGGGGCAGUCCUGUUGCCCCCUCUCAGUCAGCAGCAAACACCGCUGCCCUCCAACGAGCCAUCCUCGGUCGCGAGGAGGCAGAGUCUGCAUUAGUCUCCGUUCAAGAUGAUCUUGCCGAAGCGCAAACACGGGAGCGCCGAAUUAGCGAACGACUGGAAUCGUUGUUAGAAGAGUUACACAAUGCCAAAGAGCGCCAGGCUCACGAACGCUCGAUCUUCGAAAAGGAGAUUCGAAAAGCCCGAAAAGAGGCAUUUCGAGCAGGCUCAACAUUGGUCAAGCUUCAAGAAGAAUUGAAGCAUUCUAAAUCCGAAGCCAAGGCAUUGAAAGAUGAAGUUGCGACAGAGCGCGAGUCAAAGGAUAAGGCAAAGCAAGAAGCAUUCGAACGCGCAUAUGCACUUGCUGGCUUGACGGAAGAAGUGGAGGUAUUGAAAGGCAAACUGCGAUCAAUGGAAGCCAGUAAUCAUUCCACUUCUUUGGAAGUUAGAGCCCAUGAGAUUCGCAAGGAAGAUUUUGGCAGGCUAUCCAUCGCUGAAGGUGAUCUUGCUUUCUUAACGACACCACGGAGACCGAAACGUGCUGCGGUUGGCUCCGUCAAAUCGCCAGCUCCUGAAAUUGAAUCUGAGGAGAGUGCAGAAGCUACCCCACCUAAGAGACCACGACUUUCAGAAUGCACAACCACUGCGGAGGAGACGGACAUUUCCACUACUACCAUUUCGCCACCAGAUUCGAAUAAUGAGAUGAUAGAGGAGUUAAAGGAAGAAUUGGCUUAUGAACAGCGUCGUCGUGUUGAGGCAGAGGAAAUGGUUCAUUUUCUGAACAUUGAAUGUCAAUUCGAACGUUGCUCUUGCCGGCUCGCCGAAAGCGAAGGCCGCCGGUAUAUCUAUGAUGCCGAUUAUUUUGAGAAGUUCCAAAGGCCCCAGUUGGAGGCAGAGGCAGAGGCGAAACGCGAAGCCGCUCAAAAAGCUCGCGCUCAUCACCAACUUGAGAAUUCUCAUCUCCAAUCCAGCCAUACGCCAGAGGUUGAUCCUCCUACAUCCCUUAAUUAUCAUCAUCAGACCGAACCCGUCAUUAAGCCUGAACCAACCGACCCACCAGAGCAGACGCCAAUGCCAGAAGAACCGUUGGUCACAUUCUCUCCAGAGACUGGAACAUUCAAAACGUUUCCCUCGCCUCUUCGCGAUAAUGCCAGAGCACGCCGAACCGAUUCCCUUGCAUCGCCUGAAUUGCCUUAUCCCAACACCAGCACAGAUCAAGAUUGGAAAAACUCGACAGCUUCUUCGAAUUUUCACGUGAAGUCAUUCACUCCAUGCGAAGAACGAAGCUCAUCUAGGCUAGCUCGUGCUACUGGUCUCACCGAGCAGGCUAUCGAUAAAACAUAUAACCCACCAGAGGCUGCUGAUGAGGCAAGGCCCGCAAAAUCUGUUGUGAAAGACCACCACCACCAGCCCACCUACCCAGCUACAAAAAGAGUUCCUCUCCGCGAGGCAGCAGAACCUCAGAGCUCCUCUUCGGGCUUUGUUUCCGAUGCGCCUAUUAACCGUGAGGAAGCCCUUGCCCAGAUCAGAGCUCGUCGCAGUCGUGCACGGAGCAAGCAGCGUUCGGUCAGCGAAAAUGAGGCGAGUCGCCAUUCUGCGGGCUCUACUAGUACGACCCCAGGCCGUGGUCCUCGACGGGUUCCUAACCUUCAGACUGGUGCGAAAAGCGAAAGUGAUCUAUCGGAGCGCAGAGACUUGAGCGCCCCAGUUCGUAUGUUCCGACGGUGA